UCUUCUUCUUCUUCUUCCUCUUCUCUUCUCCUUCAUCAUCACCACUCUCUCUUCCCCUCCCCCCCUCUUCUCUUCUUCCAUCAAUUGAUUCUGCAGCUCAAUUGCUGUAUCAAAUCCUUUCACGCACACUGCCUGUAUCUACCUUUGUCCCUGCUUAACCCCUCACACCCGUUCCGCUCAGCUUUUCCUUGAUCCAAAUCCUUCAAGAUGGUCCAAUCCUCCAUCCUCGGGUUUCCCCGCAUGGGGCGCCUACGUGACUUGAAAAAGGCCACUGAAGCAUACUGGGGAGGCAAGAUCUCCCGUGAUGAUCUCUUGAAAGAAGGCAAGCGUUUGAGAUUGGAGCACUGGCAGAUCCAAAAGGAUGCUGGUGUCGACCUUAUCCCAAGCAACGACUUUGCUUUCUACGACCAAGUCUUAGACCACAUUCAACUCUUCGGGGUCAUUCCUGAAAGAUAUUCUAAAUAUGGACUCCACCCACUUGAUGAAUACUUUGCCAUGGGCCGUGGCCUGCAGAGACCGGCCAAGGAUGGCGAGCCUGCCGUUGACGUUCCCAGUUUGGAAAUGGUGAAAUGGUUUGACUCCAACUACCAUUACGUCAAGCCAACCCUUCAGGACAACCAGGAAUUCAAGCUCUCCGCCAACCCCAAGCCUGUUGUCGAAUUCAAGGAGGCAAAGGAGGCUGGAAUCAACACCCGCCCCGUCAUCUUGGGUCCUGUUUCUUUCCUCGUCCUCGCUAAGGCCGACCGUGGCCAGUCUGUCGACCCUGUUUCUCUCCUUGAGAAACUUUUGCCUCUCUAUGAGCAGCUCUUGAUUCAGCUCAAGGAGGCCGGUGCUGAGACCGUCCAGAUUGAUGAGCCAGUGCUCGUUUUCGAUCUUGCCGCUAAGGCCAAGGCUGCCUUCAAGCCAGCCUAUGAGAAGCUCGGCGCCCUUGGUGACAAGGCUCCUCGUAUCGUGUUCGCUACCUACUUUGGUGACAUCGUUCACAACAUCGAUGUCCUCGCCCAUCUCCAAAGCCUCUAUGCUAUCCACGUCGACCUCGUCCGCAACCCUGAGCAGCUCGAGACGGUCAUUGGAGCCCUCGGUCCCAACCAGAUCUUGUCCGCCGGUGUCGUCGAUGGACGUAACAUCUGGAAGACCAACUUCAAGAGAGCAAUUGAAAUUGUCGAGCUAGCUAUCCAAAAACUAGGCAAGGACCGAGUCAUUGUGGCUUCCUCUAGCUCUCUCCUCCAUACUCCUCACACCCUCGAAAGCGAGAAGAAACUUGAUCCUGAGGUCCGUGAUUGGUUCAGCUUUGCCGUCGAGAAGGCCGCCGAAUUGGUUAUCAUCGCCAAGGCUGUCACCGAGGGCCCAGCCGCUGUCCGAGAACAGCUCGAGGCCAACGCCAAGUCCAUCCAGGCUCGUGCUUCAUCCAAGCGCACCAAUGAUCCAAAGGUUAAAGAGAGACAGGCUGCCGUCACCGAUGAGAUGCACAACCGCCAGUCUCCAUUCCCUGAGCGUAUCAGCCAGCAGCAGAAACACCUUAAUCUCCCAAUGUUCCCUACCACCACCAUUGGUUCCUUCCCUCAAACCUCUGAGAUCCGUAUCCAGAGAAACAAGUUCACCAAGGGCGAAAUCACCGCCCAGCAAUAUGAGCAAUUCAUCGAGAAGGAGAUUCAGGAUGUCGUCAAGAUCCAGGAGGAAUUGGAUCUGGACGUCUUCGUGCACGGUGAACCCGAGCGUAACGACAUGGUCCAAUACUUUGGUGAGAGACUGACUGGUUACGUCUUCACCACACACGCCUGGGUCCAGAGUUACGGCUCUCGUUGCGUCAGGCCUCCAAUCAUUGUCGGUGAUAUCUCCCGCCCUGCACCAAUGACCGUUAAGGAGUCCAAGUAUGCCGCUUCUAUCUCCAAGAAGCCAAUGAAAGGCAUGCUUACUGGUCCAAUUACCUGCUUGCGCUGGUCUUUCCCUCGUGACGAUGUUCACCAGUCUGUCCAGGCCCAGCAGCUCGCUCUCGCACUUCGCGACGAGGUCGUUGACCUAGAAGCCGCCGGUAUCUAUGUCAUCCAAGUUGAUGAGCCUGCUCUCCGUGAAGGCCUUCCACUCAGAUCCGGCAAGGAGCGUGAGGCCUAUCUUAAGUGGGCAGUUAAGGCCUUCCGCCUCGCCACCUCCGGCGUUAAGGAUAGCACCCAGAUCCACUCCCACUUCUGUUACUCCGAGUUCCAGGACUUCUUCCAUGCAAUUGCCGCUCUCGAUGCCGAUGUUCUCAGUAUUGAAAACAGCAAGAGUGACGCCAAGCUUCUCAAGGUUUUCGUCGACGAGAAGUAUCCACGCCACAUUGGUCCUGGUGUGUACGAUAUUCACUCUCCUCGUGUCCCAAGCGAGCAGGAAAUCAAGGAUCGCAUUGAGGAGAUGCUUCAGUUCCUCCAGCCAGAUCAACUCUGGAUCGAUCCCGACUGCGGUCUCAAGACCAGACAGUGGGCGGAGACCAAGGCUGCUCUCACCAACAUGGUGAAUGCUGCCAAAUACUUCCGCCAAAAGUACUCUAAAUAAAUACUUCUCUCACAUUUUCCUUUCGAUGCUCCUCUAAACGGAGCAGUUGUUUGUAUAUGACGAUUGGGAUGACUUCAUUUUAACAUGAUGGCAGUCAAAACUCAAAAAGGAGAAAAUCUUUCAACAUGCAUGCAUAGCUGGUCAGACUGGGUUUUAUGACGGGGGUGACAUGGUAAAAGCGAAAAGAAUACCCACGAUCUCAACAUCGGCGUUGGUGAAUUGGUGAUUUAUCACGGCAUUUGGUCUUCUUUUGCUUUUAUUUUAGGUUCUGGUCUUGACAUGUUUUUAUUCUCAUGGGCGGUACUCGGUCAAAAUGAUGUGGUGAUGCGGUUUAUUUUUGACAAUACUUAAUGAUUCAACGGCUAGUUAAAGAAGCUGAAUAAAAAUGUAAUUCAACAUCUUCC